CGAUCGUUACCACUUCCUGUUUCGUUGUUCCGUGAUCUCGAGGCGUCCGAGCGCCGCGACGGGAUCGAUAGAAACGCGUCGAAGAUGUUUAUGGUCGAGGAGUACGUGAACGCGAGCAAGGUCCAGUAUCAGGACGCGAUGGAUGUAAUCGAGGAAUUCGAUAAAGAGAUAUCGGAGACCAAGGGCAAGUGCAUCGACGUAGGAUGCGGCCCCGGCGAGGUCACCAAGAGAUUAUUGUUGCCGAAACUGCCCUCGGGGGUCGAAGUGGUCGGGGCGGAUAUAUCGAAACCGAUGAUCGAUUACGCGAGGGACAAGUACCGGGACGAGAAACGAUUGUCGUUCACGUACCUGGACAUUCAAACCGAGGAACUGCCGAACGAGCACGUCGGCCAAUACAACAACCUGUUCUCAUUCUUCUGUUUUCACUGGUGCCACAACACGGGACGGACUUUCGAGAACGUGUGGAAGUUGCUACGACCUGGUGGAACGGCCUUGACCAUGUUCCCGGCAUCGACGGAGAUUUUCAACGCUUACGAGAAGCUGCACGAGAAUCCGCGAUAUAAACCGUACAUGCAGGACGUGGAUCGUUUCGUGCCGUACUUCCACCGAUGCAAGGACCCCAGGGCCGCCUUGAGGACGCUCCUGGAGGACAUCGGUUUCGAGAUCCAGCACUGCAGCAGGCGCGAGAGGAGCUGCAUUUUCCAGAACACGCAAACGCUGAAAGAUCACGUGACCCCGAUCAACCCCUUCGUUUCGCGGUUCCCUGAUCAGGACCUCCAAGAAGAAUUCAUGGACGCGUUGAUGCGCGAAAUGGCAACCAUGAAGAUUCAGUUCUCGAAGAAGGACUACAGCGACCAGAAAGAACUAGGAAUAUUGAACAGAUAUCAACUUCUAGUCGCGUACAUAAAAAAACCGUCCGAUGCGCGUUGA